UUGAUAACAUCAGCGUGAAUAACAUCAGCUACGCAGAUGAUAUGGUGCUGCUCAGUCCCUCGGUCGGGGGUCUUCGUAAACUGCUGGCCACAUGUGAGGACUACGCUGCGGAGCACGGUCUCAAGUACAACUCUAAAAAGAGUGAGGUGCUUAUAUUUAAAGCAAAAAACCAGACACCAUGUUCUGUACCUCCAGUUAUACUUGAUGGCACUGCUCUGCAGAUAGUUACGAAAUUUAAAUACCUUGGUCAUGUGGUGACCGAGGAUCUCAAGGAUGAUCUAGACAUUGAGAGGGAGCGCAGGGCGUUGGCGGUGCGCUGCAAUAUGUUGGUGCGCAGGUUCGCUCGGAGUACAAAAGAGGUAAAGUUGACUCUCUUCAGAGCAUACUGCCAGACACUUUACUCAAGCAGCCUGUGGUUCCGGCAUACGCAGCGUGCCUACAACGCGCUGCGGGUACAGUACAAUAAUGCCUUUAGAGUGCUGUUGAGACUGCCUCACUUCUGUAGUGCGUCUGAGAUGUUCGCCAACGCGCGAACUGACGGCUUCCAUGCCUUGAUACGCAAGAGAGUGGCGUCACUGUUCCAGAGAGUGCGAGGCAGUAGCAACAGCAUUCUAAAGAUGAUAGCGGGUAGAUAUGACUGCAAAAUGCAGGCUCACUGGGCAGCCAUUUGCAUUGGAAAUGCAUAGCAAACAUAGACCCUGUCUGUUUGUUAUGCAUUUUCAAUCCACCAUACUUACUUAUACCUACUUAAGAAUAGAUAUAUUUACUAACAUAGUCGAUAAGUAUCUUGAUGUUACUAACAAUUCUAUGGAUUUUAUAAGUCCGAAAUAAACAGUUAUUUAUUUA